AGUACCGCGACUCCAGAACGUGGUGUGGGGACGAGUACCUUUAGAUAGCUAACUGACUAGGUAUUUUUAUCACGUUUGGUUAAGCGUUGUCAGUAGGCUGAAUUGCCGUGGGGAUAAGAGGCACCAUGAAUGAAGAAGAGGAGUUUGUGAACAUUGACCUGAACGAUGACAACAUUUGCAGUGUCUGUAAACUGGAGACAGACACGGAGACCUUGUCUUUCUGCCACGUCUGUUUCGAGCUGAGCAUUGAAGGUGUGGCCAGUUCCAGCCUGCUGCAUUCGAAGUCGCUGCGGGGCCACAGGGACUGCUUCGAGAAGUACCACCUCAUCGCCAACCAGAAGCUGUCCCGCGCCAAGGCGUCCCGGAGCGCCUACGAGGGCGUGAAGAACGCCCUGAGCCAGAAGAUCAGCCGUAUCGUGCAGUACGCCCAGAACAGGGAGGCGGCAUCCGAGUCGGGCCGCCGGGGGGCCAGGCACCAGCUCCUGUGCUACAGCCAGCAGGGGGACCGCAAGCUGCUGCCCCAGUCGGACUCCCAGGUGCCCCGGUACACCCCCCGCUGGGCGGAGGGCGCGGCCGCCGGGCUCCCCGAGUGCGCCAAGGGCAUGCUGGAGUGCGAGGCGGCGGAGGAGCUGGGGCUGGGCGUCCUGGCGGGCGGCGGGGGCUCCUCCUUCUGCCCCCGGGGCGGCCUGUGGGCCAGCGGGAAGCGGAGCGUCCACCGCGCACAGCCACAGGGCGUCAACGGAGCAGGCCUCCGACAGCACAGACACCAGGGCCACAGCAGAGAAGAGCUGGCUACAAUGAGCAUGGAGGAGCUUCACCAACUGAACGAGAAACUGCUUCUCCAGAUUCAAAAGGUGUUCGAGGAGUUGACCGUGGCCGUUCAGGAGAAGGACUCCCUGACCUCGGAGCUCCACGUCCGCCACAUCGCCAUCGAGCAGCUCUUCAAGAACUGCGCCAAGCUGCCCUGGCUGCAGAUCGGCAGGGCGGGGGUCAAGGCCAGCAACGCGCCAGUCGAGUGAGGGCGACUGAGGAGCUGACUCGGACCAAACUACCCCUUAGCUCAGCAGGCUUACGGUCUCCUCCAGGCCUGGUUUUUGCCCCCACACCCCCCCCUCCCCAGAAUUAGGCCGAUGACACACUGCCUAGGCUGGUAUGGACCUCCCACCUGGCUGUCACACAGCCCUUUCUUGCUGAAAUGUGAGUGCUGAGGCCAUGUGACCACAUGAAGAGGGUCUUUUUUUGUAUUGCACACACACAAGUACAAGUGGUUCAUGAUAUAUGACCUGGUCUUGCGAGGGGCUUGAGAAGGGCCAAACCUCGCUUGCCGUGCUUGAAGGAGUUUGUGGCAGAGGGACAAAGAGUAGACCAGGGUCCUCCGAGGCGAUGGACUCCGAAUGGAUCUGAAGCUGGACGCGAGCAGUGUUUUUGGGGCCCUCACUGAGGUCGCCUUUCUUCUAUGCAGAACUGCAGCUACGAGGGUCAGUCCCACAGUGUUCUUUGUGUGUCCACAUGUUUUUAAUGUUUUUAUUUUUUUUUUUAACAUAACCACUUUUAAAACCCUACACCAAAAUAGCAGACAUUUGAACUGCGUGUAUGAUGGUAAAGAUCACAUCAGCAUAAGUAAGGUGGUUUUGGUCAUGAUUUCCGUUGUUUUUACAUUGUUUUCUGCAAUGUUUUUAGCCUUGUUUUGUGUUUUUUUUUUUUUUCCCCCACCCUAGUUUUUGUUUUCACUAUUUAUUUUCCUGCAAUAGCAGUGCUGGUCAGGUGCUGUGGUUGAGGCCUUUUGGUGCCUAUUCUGUUGACCUGUCCAAUGUUUGUGUCUUUAACAAAAAACAAACAAAAAAAGGCCGAGCGGUGUUUAGACAAGGCACGGCCCUAACCAGUGGCCACCGUAUUUCUCCUCUGGACUGGAUCUGCAGUGCACGCUGGGAUGGUGCUGUGUGUGCAGUUGCCUUAUUAUCUCAAGGCUGGGUGACUGGUUCUCUCGUUGCUGUGGUAACUGCCCCAGAGUGGAGUGGUUUAAUCAGCACAGUGGAACUUCUUAAUUAGAGCGGAGGGAGCAGUGUUAAAUUACACAGAGCUUUUUCAUCCCUUUUAGCAGGUGAAAUCCUAGUGCAAGCAGACAGUUUACGUGCUGUGUUUGGCAGGUAUUUAAUUUCUCUCCAUGUGAUGUUUCUCAUGAGUGACUGUGGAAGUCUAUGAUUUUGCUGUGGGGUUUAGGCAUACAUUAUGUAGAAAUAGAGCAUACUAUAUUGGCUUAAGCUUACAAAUGGCAUCAGUGGAAGAAUUUUGGGUGGAUGGAAGAUUAUGUAUUAUUUGGCGAGUGUAGUUUAGGGUUUUUAUUUUAUCCUUAUUUUAAUUCCUUUGAGGUGUUUGAUUUUGUCAUUUUACACUGCUGCUGUGUGGUUCAGCUUAGUUGGUG